AUGAUUGCAGACACCUCUUCUAUAGCCGGUUACACAAUCUUCCGGGAAGAGCCCAGCGAUAUCGUUCCAAAUCCGUCUACUCAGCUUCCAGCACAUCCUCUGGAUCAGCUAUCGAUUGAAGAGAUCCGGCUUGCUGCCAAACUCAUCAAGGACCAUGCUGGUCCCAACGCCCUCAAGUUCAACUGCCUGACUUUGCGCGAACCCAAAAAGAACGAAUACGGUGUAUUCAAAUCCGGCAAGGGUCCUCGCCCCCAACGCCGCGCCUUCGCCAUCGUCAUUACCAAGGGAACCUCCCAGGUGUCCGAGGUUGUUGUCAACCUGGAGAAUUCCCAGGUUGAGCUCUGGAGGGAUGUCUCGGACGUCGCCCCCACCCUCACCUUGGAGGACCUGGACAUUUGCGAGACCGUCACUCGUGCCGACUCUCGUGUCAUCCAGGCUUGCCGCGAAAUCGGCAUCUAUGACAUGUCAAAGGUCUUUAUUGACGCGUGGGCCAUCGGUUUCGAUCACCGAUGGGGCACUGACCGCCGCCUUCAGCAGGGCAUUGUGUACUACCGUAGUUCCCCCAAUGAUAACCAGUACGCCCACCCGUUGGAUUUCUCGGUAGUCGUCGACACUGAAAAGGCCGAGGUCUUAUCUGUCGAUAUCCGCCUCAUCAAUGGCGAGCGCACCAAGGUGUCUCUCAAGGAGCACAACUACAUGCCCGAGUUCAUCAGCAGUGGCUACCAGGACAGACUCAAACCCAUUGAUAUCAGCCAACCCCAGGGCGUCUCUUUCCGCAUGGAUGGUAACGAAAUCUCCUGGGCUGGACUCAAGAUGCACAUCGGCUUCAACUACCGCGAGGGUAUUGUUCUCUCCGACGUCAGGAUUAACGACGAGGGGCGCGAGCGGAGCCUUUUCAACCGCAUCAGUGUGGUGGAGAUGGUGGUUCCCUACGGCAAUCCCGACCCCCCGCAUCAACGCAAGCACGCCUUCGACGUGGGCGAGUAUGGUACUGGUUUCAUGACCAAUUCUCUCAAGCUGGGAUGUGACUGCAAGGGUGCUAUCCACUACAUGGAUGCCAUCAUGGCUGUCGGGAGCGGAGAGGCGGCUGUUGUCAAGAAUGCCAUCUGCGUUCAUGAAGAAGACAAUGGCCUCCUUUAUAAGCACACCGACUACCGCGACGGUACCGUCAUCUCCGCCCGCGACCGUAAGCUCAUCAUCUCGCAAAUCAUCACGGCGGCGAACUAUGAGUACUGCUUCUACCACACAUUUCUCUUGGAUGGCACCUACAAGCUGGAAGUCAAAUUGACAGGGAUGCUCAACACCUACUGUUUGCACCCGAGCGAAACGGCCGCCCCAUACGGUACAGAAGUCGCCCCGUCCAUCAACGCUCACAACCACCAACACAUUUUCUCCCUGCGCGUGGACCCUGAAAUCGACGGCCCCAACAAUUCAGUUGUGCAGAAUGAUGCUGCACUUUCCGACGAUCCGCUCGGGUCUCCCGGGAACCUAUAUGGCAAUGGCUUCUACUGCAAGAAGACGCCCAUUCGAACGGCCGGCGGCGCAGAGUAUUGCCACGAGACAGGUCGCUCCUGGGACCUCAUCAACCCCAACAGCAUCAAUCCCGUGGCCAAGAAGCCAGUUGCCUACAAGAUCCUCAAUACCAACUGCCCAACCAUCCUGGCCAAGCCGGGAAGUAUGGUGGAGAGGAGGGCCGCCUUCACCCGCAAGGCGCUGUGGGUCACCCCGUACAAGGACUAUGAACUGUUCCCCGCGGGUGACUAUGUGUGCCAGUCGAGCGGCGACGAGGGCCACCCGCACAACACGACCAUUGUAGACUGGGUCAGUACGAAGGAGCCGGUUGAAAAUACCGACAUUGUCUGUUAUAUCCAGUUCGGUCUGACCCACUUCCCGCGCACUGAGGAUUUCCCCAUUAUGCCUGCCGAGCCCGUUGGCGUCAUGAUCAGGGCUUCCAAUUUCUUCAAGAGAAACCCGGCUCUCUGGGUGCCCCCUUCGAUUGUCGCAGUGGACAAAACAUCCAAGAAUGCAUUUGCCAAGCCCGAAGCCGCAGAAUCGUGCUGCGGUAACAGGGGCAGCAAGUUGUAG